AUGCAUGCUUCAUACAACCAGGGCACCAAGUACUGCAAGAGGAAACCUCGCAAGAUUCCCAAGACAUCUUCCUCCUCCUCUUCCACGUCCACUUGCACGUCCAGCACGCCAAGAGUCACUGCGUCGAAACCGCCGUCGCCGUCGCCGUCUUCGUCGUCUUUGUCUUCGUCCUCUCGGACAACGGGAGGCGGCGCAUUCGCGGCCGCCUGCGCGGCCAGCGGGUCCUCAGGAGGGUCGUCGGCGGCCGCCGCCGCUCCCCGAUCAUCCUUGCCGCCUUUUGGGGGUGGCGGUGGAGCCGGUGGGGGUACCGGCAAGAGGGGCAUGAUCCAGGCCCUGCAGUCGGAGUCGAAGUUGGCCGCGUCCUUCUCGAAGAAGAUGAAGCGCGAGGGCGGUGCCGCCGCUGGACGGGUCAGGCGGACACCGCCGCCGCCGCCGCCGCCUCUCGGCGGUGGCGGCGGAGGCGUUACUUCUGCCCGCCCCGGGGGUAUGGCGUUGCCGGGGGGAGGGACCCUGUUGCCGCCCCAGCACGAGACCCGGGUCAUCGAAGACGAGAGGCCGUCUCCGUCAGCAGUUGGCGGUGGUGUUGCAAGCAGCGGCUACGACGGCAGCGACAGGUCGGGCUUGAGCGGCACUGACGCCAGCAGCGGAGACGACCCCUGCCUCGGCAGCUCCACCGUCACCAUCGACGGCUUCGGCAGCCACCGCAGCAGUCUCGGGGACGGCUUCGGCUUCAACGGCGGUGAUCGGAGAUUCGGCCUGGACGUCGCCGCCGCCGAUCCGACCUCCAACGGCGGGAGCGGGCUCCCGUUUUACUUCGCGCCGUUGGAGAGCGGCGGCGGCGGCGGCGGCAGAGAGAGGGCAGUUGCCGUUGACGGCCCCGGAGGCGGUAACGCGGAGGCCGAGCAGGUGGCGGCGGUGAGCAUGAUGGCGGCGCGCACGAGCUUGGAGGAGGCCUUGUACGGGGCAUGUUACAGGCGGGCGAGCUUUGAAGGGUUGGCUCCUGCUGCUGUUGCUGCUCCCUCGACCUUGGCCCAUUCGCACCACCAGUACCAGCCGCUCCAGUACCAGCACCCGUCAUCCUCCGAGGGCUUGGCUUGGAACCAGCUCUUGCAACAAGCCGACGCGACCGGCCAGUGGGGGGUACACACGGCCGCCGCCGCCGCCGCCGCGGAAGGGACCGACCAGCCAACCGGGGACAGUAGGGUGUUGUCGACAUCGUUGCACCUAUCAGGUGGGUUUGGCGGCGGUGGGGAGGCGAGAGCGGCGCCCGCUAGGCAGCAGCAGCGGCAGCAAAGUUUCUUCGCCAUGCCUCACGACCACGACCGCUUCGCGUUGGAUGGCGGGGUCGGGCUGGGCGCGUUGACAACGCUCAAGGACCUCCUAUUCGACAACAACCGGUGGUCCCACCAGCCGCCACCGUCGCUGAACGAGCUGCCGAUGAUGGAGUCCACCUCGUAAGGGAAAACCACGGCCCCGAUUUGUGUCAGAGUUCGGUGCCCCUAAUCGAUGGCGUGUACAAAUGGUUGUUAUGCGUCAGUGUAUGCAGGCACGCUUUGCUUCGAGCGUACAGACGUGGGGCGUUGGACGAGGCGGCGGGUUAUUGGACUGCUGCUGCUGCUGCUGUGUCUGUCGUCGUUCCUUGAGCUUUUGUUAGUUUUGUUGAUUUUUCGUUGCCCUUGCGUGAGGCGUUGAGACGGAAGUGGGGGGAGGGGGGAUAUGGCCUGACCGACCUGACUCCCUUGUAACAACAGGGGCAUGGAGGUUUAUGUGUUGUUUUUUUAUGGUGGUACUGGCAGCACGUACGUGAGUCAUUUUUUGUCAACUCUUUACUAUUUUCCCAUCCUCUUGUAGGAUGAGUGAUGUGCUUGAUAUGGCCAAGACCAAUUAAAUAGCGCGCGCCCGCGUGCAAGCACACACGAGGGAGGAACAUGUUUAGAAGUAUGAAACAUAGCGCCGGGUUGUGUGUGGGGCAAGUAACUACUCCAUGGCAAGUCAUCCAUCUAUCUGGAUCAAGUCGUUGAAUGUAUGUCGUGGAGCACACUUGUUGGAUCCAUUUUUUCGAGUGUUUCAGGCAAGGGCGGUGAAAAGGGAGAGGCUUGGCGACGUUUUGGCUCAGAUCUCAUGGCAGUAAAAGCACGAGAAGAGUUCGCACCCAUGCGUCGGUUGGCUCGUUGGUUUCAGUUCGGAUUUUUUUUUCUCGUGGUAGAUAUUAUAGGUGCCCGGAGAGUAAGAAGGGCUUAGAGAGGUAUUUCGUCAUGCAUGUGUCAUUACGGUGGUUUGCGGAUAAAUUUGUUGUGGCGUUUCCGACGGUCGGCCGGAAAGGAAAGAAAGUGUUCAGAAAAUUUUCUUGGGGGAAACGAACAAAAAAUUCUUACGGGAAAGAAAGGGAGGCAGUUUUGGGGUUGGCAAGGUGAACUCCUGUUGUUGCGAAGGGGUGGGUGGGUGGGUGGGGGGCAACACUCAGGGUCACCGAGGUGUUCAAAUCUUGUCGUGAAGGGGUGCGGGGGGGAGUGGGGAGCAGGUAAUAGAAACACUGCCAAUUUGGAGAGAAAGGAAAUGGAAAAACGUGCGAAUUUUCAUGUUGGUUGUCAAAAGAAAAGCGUCAGGGCGGAGCCGUGUGUUCGUCUGUGUUCGUACUAGGAGAAUGAACUAAGGAGAAUGAAGAGCGUCAAAGACUUGCGGAGGGGGAGGCGUGUGAGAUGCCAAGUCCAUUUUUCAACUGCUGCUGCUGCUGUUGCUGC